AUAUUUGUAAUUUUAAAGGCUGAAAGUUUGGAGUUUUCUUCACCUGUUGAUGAGUGCAGACUAUCGUUAGGGGGCAGUGUUACACGUACGCAUUGGUUGAUGCAGUAGUUUUCGCUGACUGCGGUGCUGAAAUCAGCAGGCACUGGUAAAAAAAAUGCUCUUCUGACAAAUCGCAGUGAACAUUGAUGUUUAUUUUGUGGGAAAAGUAACAAAAUAUAAACUUACAACGAGAAUUUAAGAAAAAGAAAGUUCCUUGAAAAAAAACGAAACUCUUGAAGGAAGCAUGCUGAUGUGAAAGUUGCCACUUCCCGGUGCGGAGAGCCAGAAAAUGACAAUAAAGUUUUGAGUGAUUGUUCCGUCGGUCCCGCGUCACUCUGUCUGAGCUGUCAAAAACAGACUCGAGUAAAGCACAGAGACUCUAACAUCCUCACUGACAAAUGACGCAUUUUCCAUCACAGGUAUAAAUACUCAGCAUCAUUCUCCCUCUGAAACCGACACUCACACUUCAGAGCUCCAACAGUCCGCUAUGCGCCCGGAACGGCGUCCCCCAGCCACGAGCACCGGGCUCUCCACGCAGUGACUUAAUCUGCCCGAAACUCUGCCAGCCAUGGAGGGCACAAACAACACCACAGCCUGGCCCCACUUUGACAACUCCACCAGCAAACACGAAGAUGAAGACAUGAAGUUCAGUUAUCAGGUGGUCACAUCCUUCCUGCUUGGCGCGCUCAUCCUGUGCGCAAUAUUUGGGAACGCCUGCGUGGUUGCGGCCAUCGCGCUGGAGCGCUCCCUCCAGAAUGUGGCCAACUACUUGAUCGGCUCUCUGGCGGUCACCGACCUGAUGGUGUCCGUGCUGGUGCUCCCCAUGGCGGCGCUUUACCAGGUCCUGAACAGCUGGACGCUUGGGCAGGUCCCGUGCGACAUCUUCAUCUCCCUGGACGUGUUGUGUUGCACGUCAUCCAUCCUGCACCUGUGCGCCAUCGCCCUGGACAGGUACUGGGCCAUCACCGAGCCUAUCGACUACAUGAAGAAGAGGACGCCGCGGAGAGCCGCGGUUCUAAUCAGUGUCACCUGGCUUGUCGGCUUCUCCAUAUCAGUCCCCCCCAUGUUGGUCAUGCGCUCCCAGCCCGGUAGCAUGGCAGAGGACAGGGCGAAUCCCAAACAAUGCAAGAUCAGGCAAGACCCCUGGUACACCAUAUACUCCACGUUCGGGGCUUUUUACAUCCCUUUGACCUUAAUGCUGGUUCUGUACGGACGCAUAUUCAAAGCGGCCCGGUUCCGGAUCAGGAGGACUGUGCGUAAAACCGAGAAAAAGAAAGUGGCCGACUCCUGUUUGGCGAUUUCCCCAUCGCUGUUCCACAAAGCUCCCCACGGAGACGCGCAGGGAAAGAGCUGGAAGAGGAGCGUGGAGCCGCGGCCGCUGGCGAGCGUCAACGGUGCGGUGAAGCACGCGGAGGACGGCGAGUCUCUGGAGAUCAUCGAAGUGCACAGCUCCAGGGGUAACCUGCCUCUGCCCAACACCCCGAGCACCGUUCCGCUGUUCGAGAGCAGACACGAGAAGGCGACGGAGGCCAAGAGGAAGAUUGCACUGGCGCGAGAGCGCAAAACUGUGAAGACUCUGGGCAUCAUCAUGGGCACAUUCAUCCUCUGCUGGCUGCCCUUCUUUAUUGUUGCCCUCGUCAUGCCUUUUUGCCAGGAGACCUGCUACAUGCCCCGGUGGCUGGAGGAUGUCAUAAACUGGCUGGGCUACUCCAACUCACUCCUGAACCCCAUCAUUUACGCAUACUUUAACAAAGACUUUCAGAGCGCCUUCAAGAAAAUCAUCAAGUGUCAUUUUUGCAAACCGUGACGUUCAGUCUUUGUAUGUGUAGAAAACCCGGGUCAAACACAGAACCGAAAGGACCGGAUGAGGCUAAAGUUGACCGGAGGACUCCUGGCUGAUUGUUGUUGAUCAUCACUGUCGUUCAGUAUCUGCAGAGAUGUUUAGCCUAUGCAUAGAUAAAGCUGUGAUCAUUCGGCUGAAGCUCCGUGUCACUCAUGUAAAACCCAAUAAAGACCAGUUUUUCAGAC